GUUCUUUGUUGUUAGCUGGACUGGGCGCGAGGUGAGCACCGGUAUCGCAGUGCUGUUGUUUCUGUCUCUUUCUUUUUUCCCUUGAAGCUGUAGAGUUGGAACCAGACAUGGGUGAGCGAGGAUCGAGAAAUCCCCUCCUUCCCGGAGGGGUAUCGCGGUACAGCCGCUCAAAAAUGUUUGCCCGUCGUGCAUCGUACAAAAAGAGGAAAACGGUUCCAGCUCCAGAGAAGAAGCCAGAAUCUCGAUUUGUCAGUAAGCCAAUGCGUGGAUCAAAGAAUGGCACCACCAGGAACAUUCCCGUCCGCAGCACCCCCAAGAUGUACCCCACCGAGGAUGUUCGCCCCAAGCUGAAGAACCGCAAAGCCAAUAAGCCAACUCGCCUGCGCAAGUCUAUCCAGCCUGGUACAGUGCUCAUCCUCCUUGCCAAUGCCCACCGUGGAAAGCGUGUUGUCUUCCUGAAGCAGUUGAAAUCUGGACUCCUGCUUGUCACUGGCCCAUACCGUGUCAAUGGCUGCCCUCUGAGAAGAGUUGACCAGACCUACGUCAUUGCCACUCAGACCCGCGUGGACAUCAGCAAGGUCAACAUCCCAGAGCGUGUUGAUGAUGCUUACUUCCGUCGUCAGACCAAGGCGCGCAAGUCCAAGGCUGAGGGUGAAAUGUUCGAGGAGACUCAGACUACCUACAAGGCAUCUGAGGAGCGUAAGGCUGACCAGAAGGCAGUUGAUGCUGCCAUCUUGGAGAGCGUGAAGAAGACACCAGAACUUCUGUACUACUUGCGUGCCAAGUUCACCCUGCACAAGGGACAGUACCCCCAUGAAAUGGUCUUUUAACUUCAAGGAAUAAAGCUUCAAAAGAAUA